UACAAAUAUAGUAUUUGGCUAGUUCUCGGUCCGCUGGCUAAGAUCUUAAAAUCGAUUUCAAGUCUUCUUCUACUUCUUCUCUGAUACCAAAGCUCUAAUCUUCUCGAAGGCAUGGCUAAUCGCUAUGAUCGGAAUCCAUUCGCUGAGGAAGAAGAAGUCAAUCCUUUCGCUAAUACUGGGAGUGUUCCGGCUGCAUCGAACUCAAGACUCUCGCCUUUGCCUCCAGAGCCUGUCGGUUUCGAUUAUGGUCGAACCGUUGACAUUCCUCUUAACAAUGACAGAUCUGGUGCUACACAGAAUCUGAACAAGAAAGAAAAGGAACUUCAAGCCAAAGAAGCUGACCUUAGACGACGGGAGCAGGAGGUGAAACGGAAAGAAGAUGCUGCUGCACGAGCUGGAAUAACGAUUGAAGUGAAAAACUGGCCGCCUAUCUUCCCACUUAUCCACCAUGACAUUGCUAAUGAAAUUCCUGUUCAUCUCCAAAGGCUACAGUAUGUUGCCUUUGCAUCCUAUUUGGGGUUGGUCCUUUGUCUAUUCUGGAAUAUUAUUGCCAUUACUACAGCUUGGAUCAAAGGAGAAGGAGUGACGAUAUGGCUUCUUGCCCUUAUUUACUUCAUAGCUGGUGUCCCAGGAGGCUAUGUCUUAUGGUAUCGUCCCCUCUACCGUGCCUUCAGAACUGACAGUGCAUUGAGCUUUGGAUGGUUUUUCAUGUUCUAUAUGCUCCACAUUGCUUUCUGUGUCUUUGCUGCGGUUGCUCCACCUGUUGUCUUCAAAGGAAAAUCUCUUGCUGGGAUCUUACCUGCAGUAGAUGUCUUAAGCGGUAAUACAUUGGUUGGGAUAUUCUACUUCAUUGGGUUUGGGUUUUUCUGCCUCGAAUCAGUGGUCAGCAUCUGGGUUAUUCAGCAAGUAUAUAUGUACUUCCGAGGCAGUGGGAAACAAGAUGAACUGAGACGAGAAGCAGCGAGAGGAGCCCUGAGAGCCGCCGUAUGAGACAGCUUUAUGUAGCAUUUUGGCUUGUGUAUGAAAUCUUCACUGUUUUUUUUUUUUCAGAUUCUGAACUUUGUUUUGUAAGCAAUAGCAAAAGAAAAGAUUCUAUUUUUGUUUAUACUGUCAUGUAAAUCGGUGUUAUAUUCAAAAAGUCAAGAGUUCAACUUCAAAUUCA